UUGUGUGUAUCGGUAAAAUCCGAUACAAGCGCCGUUUUAUUAAUGUUAACUUCGCCCCAAAUGCUUUUCCCCCAGGUGCCGUGAAUGUACCAUCAUUAUUUAGCGUUUUGUAUUGAAUACGACGGAAGCCGUGAGCGCAUACAACUACUAGUAAAACAACAUGGACGUUCGUAGCUAGCAGCAGCGAAGUUUCUAGAUUUAACCCCCCCCCUUCCUGUAACGUUUAAAUGGUAUGUUUGGAAACACUACGGAUUAUCAAAGAAAGAAAGAAUGCCGCGUUAAGAAGAUGUACACCCCGGGGACACCCCAACACGGACAAGUCUACCGCCGCCCCCCCCCCCCUCAUCUAGUUCCUGGUCGGACACCGGAAGAACCAAGCUAAUCAGGACCCCUUUCAGGCUGAGGGAGCAGAAUGGGGAGGAAGGAUGCCAGCGCCACCAAACUACCAGUUGAUCAGUACAGGAAGCAAAUUGGUAAGCAGGACUACAAGAAGACUAAGUCAGUCUUGAAGGCCACGCGACUCAAAGCUGAAGCCAAGAAGAACUCCUCUGGAUUCAGGGAUGGCUUCCUGGUGCUGGUGGCCAUCGCGUUCUUUGUCGUCUGCGUCUACGCUUUUUUCUACCUCAACCUGAGCAACGAGAUUAACAUGGACUUGGACGUGGACUGAAAACGGGACUUUUGGGAGCACAAGGAGGCUGGCGGGCGGGCUGUGUCACAUGACCAGCAGAAGAGCGACAAUAUUUUAGAAAUACUUUGCUGGCAUUUUGAAGAUGCAGUAGACCAACCCCCACCGGGGUCCAACUUUUCCCUAUGAAAUGUCAAAAGUUGCCAUUUUUUAUGUUUUCAUUUUAUAAACAGGUGAAAAUAAAUGAUAUUCAGCAAAUAUUUCAAGAUAGUUUCUUACUAGUUACUAGGUAUCAACAUUUCUUUCUUUUCAAUUUUGAUGCUGUAAUCAUUUUAUUAUGUGGGCCCAUAAAACACAAGCUGUGGACUGUUAACGGCCCACGGGCCGAACUUUGGACACCCUUUGCCGUGGAGCGCUUUGCAGACCCUUCAUUAGGCUAAGAACCAGAACCAGGCUAAGAACUUUAGCAACCAGAUAGCUUAGGUUGGUUAGGGGCCAGCUUGCUUUGAUAAUAGGUGUUAGCAUGCUAACUGUUAGCAUCUUGAUACUUUAGCAAAAUAUCCUCAUAUUAAGUUGCAUGCAUUUACCUAGCAUUAUGCGAGCUGCACGGUUGGCACUUAGCUUAUAGCACCGCUGUCUCGUUAAAGACACUAGCUUUGGUAUGUUAGCAUUUGGCCAAGCACAUUUUUGUCAAUAUGCUCAUAUGAAGUUGCAUAUAUUUACCUAGCAUGACUGCACUGUUGAUGCUUGGCGCCGCUAUCUCGUCAUACACACCAGAUGUAGCAUUUGGCGCAUCACGGUCACAUUUGGCAUGUUAGCAAGAAUGUUUUUGCAAAUAUCCUCCUAUUGCGGUGACUUGCAUACAUUUACAUAGCAUGAUGCUAACCGCAUUGUUGUCGCCGCUAUCUCGUUAUAGGCACUAGCUUUAGCAUUUGGUGGAUCGCAUUGAGAUUUGACACUUUUUAGCCAGCAUCAAUUGACGCUAGACAUAUUCCCAUGUUAUCACAAUGUAGCCGUAUAGAGUGCUAGCUGUUAGCAUGGUUAGCAUUUCUGUCUUUAAAAAAAUGCUGAAAACUGAUGCUGGUCCAAAAGGAGUGGGAAGAAGCAAAGCUUAUUAAAUCCUACCCCUCCAUCUGGUACUUUUACAAUAAGUAACUGUUACAUUUGUUCACUUCCUGCUUUCCUAAUAUAGUUUAAGUUUUUAUUAUUAUUAUUAUUUUUUUAAUUUUAUUUUUGUCACAUAAUCAGUUCCCAGUUCCACAUGUCCAAAAGGAGUAGGAAGAAGCAAAGCUUAUUAAAUCCUACCCCUCCAUCUGGUACUUUUACAAUCAGUAACUGUUACAUUUGUUCACUUCCUGCUUUCCUAAUAUAAUUUAAGUUUUUUUAUUAUAUAUUUUUUUUUAAUUUGAUUUUUGUCACAUAAUCAGUUCCCAGUUCCACAUGUCCAAAAGGAGUAGGAAGAAGCAAAGCAUAUUAAAUCCUACCCCUCCAUCUGGUACUUUUACAAUCAGUAACUGUUACAUUUGUUCACUUCCUGCUUUUCUAAUAUAGUUAAAGUUGUUUUUUGUUUUUUUUAAUUGUAGUCAAUUUUUUAAUUUAAUUUAAUUUAAAUGGUUACAUUUGUUCACUUCCUGCUUUCCUAAUAUAGUUAAAGUUUUUUGUUUUUUUUAAUUGUAGUAAAUUUUAAAAUUUAAUUUAAUUUAAUUUAAUUUAAUUUAAUUUAAUUUAAUUUAAUUUAAUUUAAUUUAAUUUAAUUUAAUUUAAUUUUUGUCAUGUACCGAAGUACGAGGUGAUAUGAGCAUCCAAUGACAUAAUGGGUACCACAGUAACUAUCAAUAUAGUGAUAUGUAUAGCACAUCAUGAUCAUGUGAUCAAAUCUAUAAUAAAAUACGAAUGAUAUUAAAAAUAAUCUCAGAGUAAAUGAAUAUCUCCAAAAAAAUCCAAAUCCUAGCUAACGUUGCCCGGUCCAAAGAUGUAGCAGGCCUGCAGUGGUACUGGGGGGGCGGAGGGGGGGUCUAACGUCUGGUAGCAGCUUCCACUGGUAAUUCAUGGUCGUCACGUCCACCGAUGGGAGAAAUGGAAAUCAGAUCCCGGGCCUGCGUUGCAGCGAGACAAUCACAUUCUUGCACAACUCCUCCUCCUCCCGCCGGGGAUCACAGAGUGUGAGAUUAGAAUCCGCAGACGCUCUGAUGGCGGCUGUGCCCCGAAUACAAAUCUUCCAUCCCAAACAGGGAGGACUGUCUCUCCGUUCCAACAUGGUGGACGUCGCUACGAGAGGCUCCCGUGACCCCUGACCUCUAAUGAAAGAAAGCAGGAUGAUAAGCCACGCCUCUUCCUGUUCAUUCUCACGUGUGGCAGCGGAAAGUAGAAGGUUUUACUUCCUGGUAAUAUUCUAAGAUUAUUGUAUUAUUGUUUUCAAAUGUUCUUCUGUUAAUAUUGUAAUCAUUUGUUGUAGAAUUGUUGACUUUCUUAUGAAAUAUUGGAUUACAUUUUUUUCGCCAAUAUUGCAAUCAUUUUCUAGUACAUUUUUUCCACUUUAUUGUAAAAAUAUCUUUAUUAUUAUUAUUAUUAUUAUUAUUAUUCAUUCAU